GCGUCGCUUCGCCAUGAGCGCGAGGCGCCGGUGGCGCAGGUAGCCGUGGGCCAGCAUCCGAUGCAGUCGCCCCGGGGACACCGAGCCUGGUCAGACCAAGUUGGCGCCCCCUGAUACUUGAAGCCACCCUCCCACCCACUCUCCUUGCCUCUUUUUUGGCCUUUCUCACUGAAUGCUAUGCAAAAGAAAAGGAAGAAAAAAAGAAAUGCAGACCCGGACUGCGGGGGAAUGACCGUCUCCUGCCCUGGGUGACCGUGGAGGUGGGUUGGUGCUCGGCGAGAUGAACUCGUUCUUGUCCUGCCCGGCGGACGAGCUGUUGUAGAUGGGCCACUUGACGCUUUCGUAAGCCUCAUUGUCCUUCCUGAAUCUCAUUACCCUGCACGGUUUUGCGUCAAGCCACCGGCCUCGCUGAGCAUCAGGAGCACCUGCGCACCUGACUGAACUCUCCACCUCAAGUGACUUGUUUGGAGGAUGAUGUGAACACAGCCCCCUGCUCCUUGGUCGUCUCAGUUUCCUGCAAAACUCCCAGCCUGGAAGAUCGGGGCUGUCUAUCGCAAAACCGCUCUGGUCCUGGGAGCGGCAGCCCAGCAUUACUUUAUGGGGCAACAGCCUGGAAAAGUUCUUGGGGACCAAAGGAGGCCGAGUCUGCCUGCCCUGCACUUCAUCAAGGGAGCAGGGAAGAAGGAGUCAUCCAGGCAUGGAGGCCCUCACUGCAAUGUCUUCGUGGAGCAUGAAGCUCUUCAGAGGCCAGUUGUGUCAGAUUUUGAACCCCAAGGUCUGAGCGAAGCAGCCCGCUGGAACUCCAAGGAAAACCUCCUGUCUGGUCCCAGUGAAAAUGACCCCAACCUUUUUGUUGCACUGUAUGAUUUUGUAGCGAGUGGGGACAACACUCUUAGCAUAACUAAAGGUGAAAAGCUCCGUGUCUUGGGCUACAAUCAUAAUGGGGAAUGGUGCGAGGCCCAAACGAAGAAUGGCCAAGGCUGGGUGCCAAGCAACUACAUCACCCCUGUGAACAGCUUGGAGAAGCAUUCCUGGUACCAUGGCCCUGUGUCUCGCAACGCUGCUGAAUACCUGCUGAGCAGUGGCAUCAAUGGCAGCUUCCUGGUGCGCGAGAGUGAGAGCAGCCCAGGACAGAGGUCCAUAUCACUGAGAUACGAGGGAAGGGUGUACCACUACCGGAUAAACACUGCAUCUGAUGGAAAGCUGUACGUCUCGUCAGAGAGCCGCUUCAACACUUUGGCAGAGCUGGUCCAUCACCAUUCGACUGUAGCAGAUGGGCUUAUCACCACUCUACACUAUCCUGCCCCCAAACGCAACAAGCCCACUAUUUAUGGAGUGUCUCCAAACUAUGACAAGUGGGAAAUUGAGCGAACUGACAUCACCAUGAAGCACAAACUUGGAGGGGGACAGUACGGAGAAGUGUAUGAAGGAGUCUGGAAGAAGUAUAACCUCACUGUGGCUGUGAAGACCCUGAAGGAGGACACCAUGGAGGUGGAGGAGUUCUUGAAAGAAGCUGCGGUAAUGAAGGAGAUCAAGCAUCCUAACUUGGUGCAAUUAUUAGGGGUGUGUACACGAGAGCCUCCAUUCUACAUCAUCACUGAGUUCAUGACAUAUGGGAACCUGCUUGAUUAUUUGCGUGAGUGUAACCGGCAGGAGGUGAAUGCCGUGGUGCUGCUGUAUAUGGCCACUCAGAUCUCCUCGGCCAUGGAGUACCUGGAGAAGAAGAACUUCAUACACAGGGAUCUUGCUGCCAGAAACUGCCUAGUAGGAGAGAACCACUUGGUGAAGGUGGCAGAUUUUGGCCUGAGCAGGCUGAUGACCGGAGAUACGUACACUGCCCAUGCUGGAGCCAAGUUCCCAAUCAAGUGGACUGCACCGGAGAGUCUUGCUUACAAUAAGUUCUCCAUCAAGUCUGAUGUCUGGGCCUUUGGCGUCCUACUGUGGGAAAUUGCGACAUACGGCAUGUCCCCAUACCCUGGGAUCGACCUCUCUCAGGUGUACGAGCUGUUGGAGAAGGACUAUCGCAUGGAGCGCCCAGAAGGAUGCCCUGAGAAAGUCUAUGAACUCAUGAGAGCAUGCUGGCAGUGGAGCCCUUCAGACAGGCCCUCGUUCGCUGAAAUCCACCAGGCGUUUGAGACGAUGUUUCAAGAAUCCAGCAUAUCAGACGAGGUGGAGAAAGAGCUGGGGAAAAAAGGGAUGAGAAGUGUCGUGAGUAACUUUCUGCAGGCUCCAGAACUACCGACCAAAACGAGGACGUCCAGGAGGGCAGCUGAAAGCAAAGAAGCCAACGAGAGCUUGGAGCCAGCACACCCCAGAAGUCAAGGGGAAUGUGACCAUCUGGAGCAUGAACCGGCCGUGUCUCCGUUGCUUCCACGGAAGGAAAGAGUCGCCCUGGAGAGCAGUUUAAAUGAAGACGAGCGGCUGCUUCCAAAGGACAAAAAGACCAACCUCUUCAGUGCUCUUAUCAAGAAGAAGAAGAAGACAGCCCCUACCCCUCCAAAGCGCAGCAGCUCCUUCCGGGAGAUAGAUGGCCACCCGGACCGCAGGGCAGCGGGUGAGGAUGAGAGCAGGGAUGCCGGCAAUGGGGCUUUCACCACGCUGCCUACAGAUGCUGCCGAUCCUUCCAAAUUCCAGGGCCCGAGCAAUGGGGCUGGGGUCAUCAACGGGGCAGUCACGGGGAACUCUGGCUUUUUAUCGCCCCACCUGUGGAAAAAGUCCAGCACCAUGACCAGCAGCCGAGCAGCUGCCGGCGAAGACGAGAGCAGCUCCAAUGCCAGCAAGCGCUUCCUGCGGUCCUGCUCUGCCUCAUGCGUGCCCCACGGAGCCAAGGACACUGAGUGGAAGUCGGUGACUCUACCCCGGGACCCACAGUCCACAGGGCGGCAGUUCGAUUCAUCCACCUUUGGGGGGCACAAAAGUGAGAAGCCUGCCCUUCCGCGGAAGCGGGCGAAUGAGAGCAAGGCGGAUCUUGCCACCAAGGGGACGGCAACACCCCCACCGCGGCUGCUGAAGAAGAAUGAGGAGGCGACCGACGAUGUGUUCAAAGAUACCGAGUCGAGCCCUGGCUCCAGCCCACCCACACUGACGCCCAAACUCUUGCGCAGGCAGCCUGCUGGUCCUCUGUCCUCCGGUGUGGCUCAUAAGGAUGACGGUGUCAAAUUGAGUGCCUUAGGUACCCCUACGACAACGGACCAAGGGCCUGCUGUGAAAGUCAGCUCUGCCAUGUUUGUGGGUACUAGCAAGGCUUCCACAGAAGAGCCCAGGAUGAGGAGGCUCAAACAGACUUCAGAGAAGGACAAGGGGAAGCUAUCGAAGCUGAAGCCAGCCCCACCACUUCCACUGUCUUCAUCCUCUGUCGGCAGGCCUGGAAAAGCCUCCCACAGCCCUGGGCACGAAGCAACAGUGGAUGCAGUGUCGGGUCCUAAAUCCAAACCACUGCCUCAGGUUGCAGACGCUGCCGGCAGUGAUGCUGCCAAGCCAAACCAACCAGGGGAAGGGAGCAAGAAGCCAGGGCUCCCCUCCAUACCAAAGCCACAGUCCUCCAGCAAGAUGCUGACCACAGCAGCCCCAGCCCCUUCUUCAGCAGUCCUUUCAGCCUCAGGUGGUGACCAGCCAUCAUCCACAGCCUUCAUCCCUCUUAUCUCCACCAGAGUGUCACUGCGGAAGACCCGCCAGCCUCCAGAGAGGAUCGCUAGUGGCACCAUCACCAAGGGAGUGGUAUUGGAAAGCACGGAGGCUCUGCGCCUCGCCAUCAACAAGAACUCGGAACAAAUGGCAAGCCACAGUGCUGUCCUGGAGGCCGGCAAGAACCUCUACACCUUCUGUGUGAGCUACGUGGACUCCAUCCAGCAGAUGAGGAACAAGUUUGCUUUCCGGGAGGCCAUCAAUAAGCUGGAGAACAACCUCCGGGAGCUCCAGAUUUGCCCGGCCACAGCUGGCAGCGGCCCCGCGGCCACACAGGACUUUAGCAAGCUUCUCAGCUCGGUGAAAGAAAUCAGUGACAUUGUUCAGAGGUAGCAGGAGUCAGGUGGCUGCUGCUUGUCAUGGGCCAAAGCCAGCCGCAGAGAGAACUGGGAGCACACAUGCAGACUGAUAGGGGACCAGGGGCCUUGGGGACAGGGAUGAACCCAGACUGUUGAACGCUGCCCUGCUGCCUAAGCCAGGGUGUCCAUCAAGAUGCACUUUUCCUCCCUUUUCACCCAGGCUCCCUGCGACUCACGUACUCACAAUCCUCUCAUCUGUGGAGUUCUUGCCUUGUGGACGACAAGGCGAAAUGCCGAGGUCACAUCAUGCCUUUUUCUUAAUAUUCUGUUGUUCUGGACAGAGCUUUAAGCUUGAAGCUGGACUGACGGACGUUGAUGUUCUGCCCCCCUCCGGGAGGGAGUCCUACUGCCGUGUUGUUCCCUCCCCCUGCCCCAGCGUUGUGUUUGAAUAGCAAUAUGCCCGCUGCUUUCCUGGGGGGUGGGUCACAGCGCAUGUCCCCUGCCUGAGUCUGACGCUUCUGUGAGUGACAUUAAUGUGUCAGACUGGGGCUCGGGGGGUGGAGUAUCUAUGUAACUUGUUCGUGAAAUAGGACGCUA